AUGCUGAGGGUCGGGCUGUUGACUUUGAGCGCCUCUACUGCCCCUGCUGCCGAUGCUGAUAGCACUGUUCGCUCACAGUGGGCCACACGCGAUGCUGCUGCCCGUCUUGCUGUGCGUAGUCACUUGCCGUCCACUGAGCGCGCGCACUUUAGUCAGUACAAGAGUGCUAAGACCUUGUACGAUGCUGUAGUUGCACGCUACUCUUCCCCUGCCACUGCAGCCCUUAGCCGCCUCAUGCUGCCGUACCUGUUUCCUGACCUUGCCACCUUUCCCACUGUCGUUGACCUCAAUACGCACCUUCGCACAAGUGACACCCGCUACCGCGCUGCGCUUCCUGCUGAGUUCUGCGCCAAGAACCCCCCCCCCAUGUACAUCACCCUCUACUACAUAGUCACCCGCCUCCUUGACUCCCUUCGCUCGGUCAGGGAACACUUCCUCUCUGUUUGCCCCACCAAACUCACCGUUGACCUCCUCGAGGAGCGCCUCCUGGCAGCUGAGAAAAGUAUAGUCGGUGUAGGAGCCUCUCGUGGUGACCCUCGUGCCCCCGUCUUUGAGGGGUGCUCCCCCUCCCCCCUUUUGCCCUCUGUUGCCUCUGCUGCUGCCGUCGACUUCGUUGGCACCGAGUUGAUCGGCGCAGCGUCUGCCCCUAGCGGGUGA